CUGCGCACCAUGAAGACAGACUACGCCAGCCUGAGGAGUCAGGUCCGCAACUUCUCCGACUUCUACGGAGCAGCCAUCACCGACGCCAAGAAACAGAUAUCAGCAGCUAUGACUGAGAUGUCGGAGGCCAACAAGGACCUCCUGGAGAAGUACAGGAAGGAGGUGGCACUGCGGAGGAAGUACCACGAGCAGCUGGUCGAGCUCAAAGGCAACAUCCGUGUGCUGUGCCGUGUGAAGCCGGUUCUGAAGGAGGACCAGCAUGAGGAGGGCCAAUCAGUGGUGGUAACCACGGACCCCAACAACGAAUCAGCUCUCUCCGUGCUGAAAGGGCAGGGCCGCUGCCAUAACUUUGAACUGGACCGUGUCUUCCACCCUCAGGCCACUCAGGAAGAGGUCUUCCAGGAGAUCGAGCCCCUGGUGACAUCCUGUAUAGAUGGAUAUCACGUCUGCAUCUUUGCCUAUGGGCAGACUGGCUCUGGGAAGACCUACACCAUGGAGGGCAGCACAGAGAACCCAGGCAUCAACCAGCGUGCUCUGAAACACCUGUUUAGUGAGAUAGAGGACAGGAAGGACAUGUGGACGUACACCGUGACUGUCAGCUCUGUGGAGAUCUACAACGAGGUGCUCAGAGACCUGCUGAGUAAGGAUGGAGAGAAGCUGGACAUUAAGAUCAACCCAGACGGAACAGGACAGCUGCACGUCCCUGGACUCCGGCUCAUAGAGGUCAAGAGCUUCCAACACAUCAAGAAACUUCUGGCGCAGGCGCGUCGUAACAGGAUCACCUUCGGGACCCAGAUGAACCAGCACAGCUCUCGUUCUCAUGCCCUCCUCAUGAUCACUGUGCUGGGGACUGACCUGGCCAGCGGGGCCAAGACCACAGGCAAGUUGAACCUGGUGGACCUGGCUGGCUCUGAGAGGGUCUGGAAGUCAGGAGCUGAGGGAGAGAGGCUGAAGGAGGCCCAGAACAUCAACCGCUCCCUGCUGGCUCUGGGGGACGUUAUCCAGGCUCUGAGGGGGAAGGAGAAACACAUCCCCUUCAGAAACAGUCGCCUCACAUACCUGCUGCAGGACUCACUGGGCAAGGGCAACAAGACAGCCAUGGUGGUGCAGGUGUCUGCUCUGGAGAGUAACGUGGGAGAGACCAUGUGUUCUCUGAAGUUUGCUGAGAGGGUUUGUAAGGUGGAGCUGGGGCCUGCGGCCAGGAAGAUACAGAGAGGAGGGGGAAGUCAUCAGUGUGACUAGAACUCCCCUUCCUGAAGUCAUCCAACUUCCUGUUCCUAUGGACGACCAGGACUCCAGGGACUCAACAGACACGCAGCCAACCAAAUACAUCAACAAGCAAUAACAACAUCAAACAACCCCCCUCUUCCCAGUCAGCCAGUCAGUCUAUCAGUCUGUUUAUCAGUCAGUCAGUAUAAAAGCUACCAGGUGUGUAUUCAGUGAGAUUAAAUAUUGAGAAUAUUGCAGAUUCUCUAGUCUACCGAUCAUAAUGUCUGUUCAUGUCAUGCACAGGAGGUUGGUGGCACCUUAAUUGGGGAGAACACAUGGUUUCCAUGGUUUCCAGGUGUUUGAUGCCAUUCCAUUCGCUCACGUUACACCCACCUGAACAGACCCCAGCUGUAACGUUACAUCCUCCUGAACAGACCCCAGCUGUAACGUUACAUCCUCCUGAACAGACCCCAUAUGUAACAUUACACCCACCUGAACAGACCCCAGCUGUAACGUUACACCCAUCUGAACAGACCCCAGCUGUAACGUUACACCCACCUGAACAGACCCCAGCUGUAACGUUACACCCACCUGAACAGACCCCAGCUGUAACGUUACACCCACCUGAACAGACCCCAGCUGUAACGUUACAUCCUCCUGAACAGACCCCAGCUGUAACGUUACACCCUCCUGAAACAGACCCUAGCUGUAACGUUACACCCACCUGAACAGACCCCAUAUGUAACAUUACACCCACCUGAACAGACCCCAGCUGUAACGUUACACCCUCCUGAACAGACCCCAGCUGUAACGUUACAUCCUCCUGAAACAGACCCUAGCUGUAACGUUACACCCACCUGAACAGACCCCAUAUGUAACAUUACACCCACCUGAACAGACCCCAGCUGUAACGUUACACCCAUCUGAACAGACCCCAGCUGUAACGUUACAUCCUCCUGAACAGACCCCAGCUAUAACGUUACAUCCUCCUGAACAGACCCCAGCUGAGUCUAAAAUUAUUCUGAUUAUCCUGAUAAAGAAGGGCUAUGACUUGAGGUCUCCAUGACAACGUCAUCAGGAUAACAGAUACGAUUGAAGGGAUAGGAUGUCUCUACUGUCUCCUGUCUGCUGCUGUUCAGAUAAGAAGUCUCUACGGUCUCCUGUCUGCUGCUGUUCAGAUAAGAAGUCUCUACUGUCUCCUGUCUGCUGCUGUUCAGAUAAGAAGUCUCU